CACAUGCAUUUACAAACUGUUGAUUCUGAAUCUGAGAUGGGUAUAUUUCUCAUAUUUUGAACACAGGUUUAGACAAUGAAAGAGCACAUCAUAUUUCAGAUGCUUUAUGGAUUGAUUCUCAUGGCGAGUUUUAUCUUUCUCUCAGAUGCACUUUCGCUGAAAGGAAAAAAGCUGGAUUUUUACGAAAGAGGUGACACAUAUGUAAUCCUGCACAGCACUACUCCUGAACUCAGCCGAUUCACAGUAUGCAUGGACUUGCUAUUCACGGAUGACCACUUGAGUGAUUGGAUAGCCUUCUCCUAUAUUACUAAUAAUACCUUCCUGGGCAGAGAAGACAUAGACCUUGGACUUGCAGGAGACCACCACCGACUAAUAUUAUACAACUUGGGCAAGAUCUUUUAUAUCCAUUACCACCUGACUCCAUUUCAAUGGCACACGGUAUGCUUGAUGAGGGAUGGUGUGAAGGGCAAAUUAGAGCUCUUCCUGAAUAAAGAAAGGCUACUGGUAACGAUGGAUCAACCACAAAACCUGACACCUAAUGGGACUGUAGUCCUAGGACACUUUCCCAAGAAUGGGCACAGCCAGGUUAAAAGUAUAGUGCGGAGCUUCACCGGCAGCUUAUACUAUUUUCAACUCUGGGACCACAUCCUGGAAAACGAGGAAUUUAUGAAGUGUUUAGAAGGAAAUGUAGUUAGUUGGGAAGAAGAUGCUUGGCUCAUCAACAAAAUCAUCCCAACUGUUGACAAGAGACUGCGCUGCUUUGUUUCUGAUAAUAUAACAAUUCAAGGAACAAGUACAACUGUUUCACAACAAAUAGAUUUGACAACUCCAUCCCAAAUUACUGGACUAAAACCACAAAAGACUUUAUAUUCCUCUACGGUGAUGUCUAAAAGUAUACCUGUGUUUGCAACUAAUUAUACAACCAUAUCAUAUUCCAACACAACGUCUCCACCUCUGGAAACAACGACUGCAUCAAAAAAUUUUAAGCCAUUCGUAGCUGAGAUAUCCACAUUAGCAGCAGAUACUUUACUUACUUCAGCAGCCAUCACUCUGCCUACCAAGAGUAUAUCCAUAAUUACUAAUAACAAUUCCAUGAAAACAAGUAAUUCUCCAUCAUCAGAAAGGACAAUGACAACAAAAAUGGCUGAAGCCAUUACUUCUGAGGCCUUUCAUCAAACUACAGCUACUGAUUUUCUAUACACAUCUGGAUUUACCAAUAAUUCAGUUGUAUCUAAAACUUCAGCAACUAGAUCACAGUCUGCCAUUACAAAGACAACAUCCUUAUUCUCAUCUGUUGAGUCGACAUCCAUGACUACAACAUCUUGGCCCAAACACAGAUCCACAGAUAUUGGGGCACUCCCUAUAUCCACAACUGGCCAGGUGUUUCUUGCAUUUUCAACUGCUGGAACUGUGCCUUGGUCCACAGUGGGACAGACUUCAGCUACAAGUACUACCAUUGGGACUGCAUUAGCAUUCCCACCUGAGCCUGAGCUCAUCUCCACAGCUGCUCCAGUGGACUCUGUAUUUCCUAGAAAUCAGACUGCAUCUACGUCAGCAAGAGCUGAUAUGGAAAUAGCAUUUACAGUUCAUUCAAUGACUCUUCCAGCUAGGCCUAUUGAGACCACCCUUGCCCUAAAAACAGCUGAAACAGAAUUGACAUCUACAAAUUUCCAGGAUGUCUCGUCACCCAGAGUGGAGGAUGCCAUAUCUACCUCCAUGCCAAAAGAGGCCUCUUCUAUGGCCCUUUCUUUCAGGGCAUCCUCUCCAUUCAUUGGAGUUCAGAGUGUACAGACAGUUAUUGAUGAUGAGACUACACUUACAGUCUUAACUCCAGGAAUCACACUUGAACCUACAGUGGCUGAAACUAGUCUUUCCCCCCCAAUCACAGGGCCAGUAUAUACACAGAAUAUGCCCACAGCUGGUGAAAACAUGUUUCUUUUGAGUUCCACUAGAUCAACUUCCACAGCCAAGGUAUCUGGAUCGGGCCCCACAACUAUAACUGAUGAAGCUGCUCACCUAUUCUCCACCAAUGAGACCGCUUGGACUCCCAGGCGAGAUCAAAAUCUUUUGACAUCUGUAAAUACAAGCACCAUACUUACAUUGAUGCCUAAAGAAAAUUUCCUAUCAGCAUUCCAUGGUGGUACUUCUAAUAUAGAACAUUCAUCCACAACUACUAACAUUAUCACUCCACCAGAAGCAUCCACAGGGAGCGAGGCUACUACUGCUGCUGAUGCUACUAUUACUGCUACAGCCAGAUAUACAACAGCUCUAUCCAAACUGAUGUCACUGUGGUUUACUAAUUUCUCCACAGUUUCUGGCAUCACAUCUGUACCCAAAUCAUCUGAGUUACUACUAAAAACGACCCCUAUGUCCACAGUAGCUGCAAAUGAACUUCUUUCAACACCAAGGGAGACAGUUGUCCCACCAGAAGAUACGACAUCUACCCUUGCUGACGUUAAAUCAAAUUUUUCUACUGAGGAGAGCCCUUCUGAGACCACACAAACAGAAACAAAUGUUACAAUUGCGUUUGGAGAGACAACAGACCUUGUUCCAAAGUCUGUGGCGACACAAAUUUCCAAUGCUACUGUAACAAGAAAAGAAACAACUUCCCAUUAUCUUAAAGAAAAAUCAACUACAGCAGUGACAUCUGAGGUUUCUCCAUUUUCAACAAUGCUGGAGGUAACAGAUGAAUCUGCGCAAAUGGUGACAGCCUUGACCACCAUUUCCCCUUUUCCCAAUAUAGAAAAGACCAGUACCCUAGUGGAUAAUAAAAAUGCAACUACCGAGGUUAGAAGUUGGUUUACAACAAAAUCUGUGAAAACCACACCUAAGAGUUUGAGUUCGUACAAUGCAACUACAGAAAUCUUUAAUUCCACCCAUACCUAUACAGCAGGUUGGACUUCAGAGACUCUACGUGAGGGGAACUCAGUUCCAUCUCCCACUUCUGGGCUUGCAUGGACACUCCCUGAACUCCUGGAUGUAUCCACAACAAGGAUACUUGGAACCAUUUUCACCACUACUCUUACGGACAGGACAGCUAUGUACUUGUCUGCUGGCAUGUUACCUCCACAGCCUAUAUCUACCCAUUCCCCAGCAACCCCUGGGCCUGUGACCCAUAUGUUCUCACUGCCAGUUAAUGGCUCUGCUGUCACUUCUAUGAUGGUAUCUAAUGAGACUAAGGUGACCAUGCCUGAGCCUUCAACACCAGCCAGGACUUUCUCCACAUCUAUGCUCUCAGAUGUCUCAACUCUGCCAUCAGCUACCGUGACCACAGCAUCAAUGACAACAUUGAGUCAGACUGCUUCCACAACCAGCAAUAACAUGCCUACCCACAGAGACUCUAUUCUCACCACUUCAGAAGGCACAGUGAUCUCUGUCAAAAUGACACCCAUGACAUUUCCCUCUCUGACAGAAACUCCAGUCCCUUCACUGAGACCCCCCACUCCUAUGACAACUAAGGUUGAUACCACCCUUCAUUCCACCUCAUCUGACACAGUAACUCCAUCUACACAUACUCUUACCUAUUCCAUGUCUCUCCCUAACAACAUUCCUGUUGUGUCCUCCACUCAUGUGAUCUCAACUGCAUCUACACCAGUAGCAACCCAAUCUGCAUCUCAGGUGGCAGAGGCUACAGUGCUGGAAAGAUCUACCCAUGCUCUGAGCUUUCUACAUAGUUUGAGUGGUGGCACAGAUGCUCUUAGCUUGGUUACUGGCACCACAGAAACUUCUGUUGUUGACGAGACCAUGCCCUCACACACCUCUGCCAACAAGUUUACUACCUCAAUAGACAUUCACAAUUCUCAAUCUUCUACACGUCUUGUAAACACACCCGUUCCCACUCUACUGAUGAUAGGCACCUCUACCGUAUCAUCUGACAAAGAGCAGGUGAUCACUUCCUUGGGAAACACUCCUAAAACUAUGGAUACAAUAGAAAUGUCCCCAUCAAAGAAUUAUUUUAUUUCAUAUUCUCAGGGUACUUCAUCCUUGAAAAUGACAGAUAUAGGAUUUUCAGAAACCCUAAAAAUUUCCAGUCACCAAACAUAUUCACCUUCAGAGAUUCCACUUGGGACUCUGCCUGAGGGAAAUUCAGCUUCAUCUUCCACUUCUGGGAACACACAGACUACAGCUACUUUGACCUCAAAUAAUACUGUAGAUGCUCAUAUUUCAGAAAUGUCUACCAGGCUUGGGAAAACAGAUCUCCCUCCACAAGCUCUGACAACCACCACUUUUUUGUCUCUGGAAAAAGAAAGCAUGAGUGCCCCUUCAGUGUAUACUCCCAGAUCUGUGGAAAUGAUAGUAAGCCCCACCUCUGUGACUCGCCCUGUCUCAUUCCACCAGGAUACUUCAUUUAUAGAUACCGCAACUCCUAGGACAACCAGAUUAUUGAAUUUUAUGAACAUCAACACAACUACUUCACACUUGCCUUCACUUAGGACUCAAACUGAGGUGACUUCAGUUUCCUCUCCUAUUUCUGAAAGCACACAGGCUUCCCCUGAGUCCCUGUCUCUUUUCACAACGGAACUAUUCAAUGCCAGUUUUCCUAUUAUCUCUACUGACAGGAUCACUACAGCCCUUUCUGUUCCAAAUGUACCUACAUCACUUCUUGGGAAAACCUCUAUGGCAACACGUAUUCCCAUUUCCCAGAUGUCCUCAUUGCCAAUUAAUGUCACUGCUUUCACUUCCAAAAGAAUUCCUGAGACUCCCACAAUUCUAAUGACUCAGUCUUCUGAAACAACAUCCCCAGGUUGUUGGAAAAGCCCAGUUGCAGCCACUUCUGGGCCAAUGUCUGAGAUAGUCUUACUGCCAGUUAAUGACUCUGCUUUCUCACCUGUGGUGGUUUCUUCUGGUACUUCCACAACAGCUGGGCCAUUCCCUACUUUAUCAGCUUCAAUUACCCCAAGGACUGCUAUGACCAUAGAAACAUCUACAUUGGAUGUCAUACCUGUGACAUAUGCUGGGCCUUCUGCAAAAGGCACAGUGGUUUCCCCUGCUUUCGCUACUUCAGAAAUGACAAAGAUGUCUUCCAGCAUCACACCUACAACCUUUUUCUCUCUGGAAGAGUCAACUUUUCCCUCUGUGAAAACCAUCCCAACCACUGUUAAGGCUGGGAUAGUGACUCCACUGAUAGGCACCACUGUCUUCUCUCUACUCAGUUCUAAGAACCCUGAAGCUGUUUCUUCCACCCCAACGAUCACAUUUUCACCAAUUCUAUCAACAGCUCAACAACCAUCACAAGGAGAUGAGGCUACAACUCUGAGCCUAUUACCUGGGAUUACUCACAGCUCCCUAACUACUGUGAGUAGUGGUACAGAGACAGCUCUCACAAAUACUUAUUCCAGAACUGUUGUCCCUGAAAACGUGCCUUCACCUACUCCUUCAGGGAAUCUCCAUACAUCCUUGAAUAUUCAGGUUUCCCCAUCUUUGACUAGCUUUACCGGCAUUCCUGGACCCACAAAAAGUGUGAAAGUCACCACUUACCUUUCUUCUAAUACUGGAAAGAUGACUUCCUUGUCAGAAAAUACUCCCUUAACAGAUGAACUAACAAAAAGUGCCACAUCUAUCAAUACUCCUAUUUCAUAUCCUCCAUUGACCCCAUUCAUAGCAACUCCACUCUCUUUGACAUCAUUUCUUUAUUCGCCUCAUAGUAUUGAAACUGAAUUCUCUACUACAAAGACCUCUACAGUUUCUACAACCCACAUGACUGAAUUUCCAAUUCUGGGAACAGCAAUAACAUCUAGUAACUCUGAGUCUUUUCUUAAGACUUCCUGGAGUACACUCACAGCUACAGAUUCUCAAUUUCCAAUUUCCACCACUGCUCAUGUACCUACACCCAACAACAUGGAAACAGCAACUCUACAACUUGUCCCAGGGUCUUUGUCAAUAUUCAUAGCCCCUCAGACUGGCCUCGUAUCUGAAGAUACUGCCUCAAAGCCAUCAAUUCCCAUGUCUGGGAUUCUUUCUACCUUUGGGCUGUUUGAGAGUCCUUCAUUAUCAGCAUCUUCAAGAGCUAUCCCUACCACCUUGGCUGACAUUAAGCAAACAUUUGAGAAGACAUCAACAUCUGUAACUCCUGGGAUCACACUUCCAUCGAAACCUUCUAGUGCUGCUGCAGGAUCUACAAUUUCGAAGGCUGCUACUUUACCCAUGCUGAUUUGGGUCUCAUCUAGUUUCCCUUCAGGUUCCCCUCUGGCAACUGUAUCCAAAGCCCCUCAAGUUAUAACUUCUACAGUAGAGGAGCCAAAAUCCACAUUUCUGACUUCUGACACAACACCAGCACACCCAUUUACUAACUUUACAACACUACCCUUUGCUACUGUAGGCACCAUACUCACUAACCCCAUGCCUACACCUACCGGAUUCCCAGCUUCUCUCCCUGUGUCUGUAAAAAUCACAGAUGACAAUGCAUACAUUUCCACAUCCCCUAGGGCAUUCCCCAGAAUCACUGUGAUGGCCAACUCCAGGACUGUGUCUCUACUUCCAUCAUUUAGCAGGAUGAGUAUGUCACCUCUUACAACUGAUCACACCCUGUCUAUUGGUUCCAUACCUCUGUCCAGCCCUACAGUAACAUCUUCAUGGAGCAGUAUCCCAGCUGUAUCAGUAUCCCCUACUUUAGUUCUUCCUAAGCCCACACUGGACUCCCUUCCAAAUAUAACCACUACUACUUCCCCUACGAAUGGAGCCUCAUUUCCACUCAUAUCCACUGGAGUGACACAUCCUUCUACAGCAACUGGGUCUUCACUAAUCUCUUCCUCUUUUGAGACUACCGGGCUGAACAGCACACCUUCCUUUCUGUCUACAGAAACAUUGACUUCCACUAUUGCUGCUGAGUAUACAGUAUCCUUCUACAAUAUUGAAAUGAUCUUCUCAGUCUUUGAUGGAGAGCCAAGGACCCCUAUUACCAGUGUUAUAAAUGAAUUUGCAGAAUAUUGGUUGAAUUUUAUAUUUCAAGACAGUGAAUUUACUCUUGCUAAUCUGGCUACCCAAAUUAAAAGCAGAGACAUGUCUGAGGAAGAAGUAACCAUGGACCGAGCUUUUGUAAGUAAGAGAGAAGGACAAGGAAUGGCUACAAUUUCCCGUGUACCAUACAGCUGUGUUUGUCAGGUCAUCAUAAAGGCCAACUCUUCUUUAGCACCCACCGAACUGAUUAACAAGAUCAAAAGCAAAAUACAUGGCAACCUCACCUAUACAAACUUCACACAAGAUCAAUUGACAUUAUUAGUAAAGUCUGAACAUGUUGCAGUAAAAAAACUAGAGCCAGGAAGGUGCAAAGCUGAUGAAACAGCCUCUAAAUUCAAAGGGACAUAUAAGUGGCUAUUAACCAACCCCACCGAGACAGCCCAAACUAGAUGCAUAAAAAAUGAGGAUGGAAACGCUACUAGAAUCUGUUCAAUCAGUAUCAACACUGGCAAAUCUCAGUGGGAACAACCAAAGUAUAAACAAUGCAAAUUGCUUCAAGAACUUCCCAAUAAGAUUGUGGAUCUUGCUAAUAUUACCAUAAAUGAUGAGAAUGCAGAUGAUGUUGCGGGGCACAUUUUAAAUUUGAUACACGAAUCCCCCCAUCUGGAUAAGGAAGAAACAAAGAUAGUUGUUUCUAAAGUAUCCGAUAUCUCACAGUGUGAUGGCAUAAGUGUGAACCUAACCCAGAUUAUAUUACAAAUAAUCGAUGCUGUUUUGGGAAAGCAAAACGAUUCAGCAUCUGACGUGCAUGAAGUGAGCAAUGAAAUUCUGAGGAUAAUCGAUCGUGCCGGUCACAAGAUGGAGUUUUUUGGGAACACAGCAAAUUUGACGGUGGCCAGGCUGGCUUUGGCUGUGCUUCGGGUGGAUCACAGAUUUGAAGGGAUGGUCUUCAGCAUUCGCUCUUUUGAAGAAGGCAUAGACCCUGAGAUUUACUUAAGUGAAGUCCCUCUGGGGAAGAUCUUGGCUUCCAUAUAUUUGCCUAAAUCAUUGAGGGAGAGAAUUCCUCUUAACAACUUACAGACCGUCUUGUUUAAUUUCUUUGGCCAAACUUCACUCUUCAAGAUCAAAAACUUCACUAAAGCGUUAACCACAUAUGUUGUGAGUGCCAGCAUUUCAGAUAUGUCCAUUCAGAACUUGGCUGACCCAGUGGUUAUCACUCUGCACCACAUUGAAGGAAGCUCGAGUUAUGGUCAAGUUCACUGUGCCUUUUGGGACUUUGGCAAGAACGGUGGCCUAGGUGGAUGGAAUUCGUCAGGCUGUACAGUAAAUGAGACAAAUGUAAAUUACACAAUCUGUCAGUGUGACCACCUCACCCAUUUUGGAGUCUUAAUGGAUUUGUCCAGGGCUACAGUGGAUGCAGUGAAUGAAAGGAUAUUGGUGCUUAUAACGUAUACUGGAUGUGGAAUCUCCUCCAUUUUCCUGGGAAUUGCAAUAGUGACAUACAUAGUUUUUCACAAACUUCGAAAAGAUUAUCCUUCCAAAAUCCUGAUCAACCUGUGCACAGCACUACUGAUGCUAAACAUGGUGUUUCUGGUCAAUUCCUGGUCAGCAUCAUUUCAGAAAGUGGGACUUUGUAUCACAACCGCAGUGGCUCUUCAUUACUUCCUGCUCGUCUCUUUGACAUGGAUGGGCCUGGAGACAGUCCACAUGUAUUUUGCUCUAGUCAAAGUCUUCAAUAUAUACAUCCCAAAUUACAUCCUUAAAUUUUGUCUAGUUGGUUGGGGAAUCCCAGCUAUUAUGGUGACAAUCAUACUCAGUGUGAAAAAAGAUCUGUAUGGAACUCUGAGCUCAGGGACUCCAUUUUGUUGGAUUAAGGACGAUUCUGUCUUUUACAUCUCAGUUGUGGGUUAUUUUUGCCUCAUAUUUAUCAUGAAUCUCUCCAUGUUCUGCACUGUUAUUGUUCAACUUAAUUCUAUGAAAGCCCAAAGCCAGAAGACUCGGCGGAAGAUGAUUCUGCAUGACCUCAAAGGCACGACAAGCCUGACAUUCUUGCUCGGCCUCACCUGGGGGUUUGCCUUUUUUGCCUGGGGACCUGUGAGAAUCUUCUUCUUGUAUCUUUUUGCCAUUUUUAACACCUUGCAAGGAUUCCUCAUUUUUGUGUUCCACUGUGCGAUGAAGGAGAAUGUGCGGGAGCAGUGGCAGAUCCACCUCUGUUGCAAGUGGUUUCGAUUGGAUAACUCUCCUGAUGUGAGCAGCAGAUAUGGGCUGAACGUUGGCAGUAAACAGAAGAGACUGAGGAAAACCUUUGAACACAAAUUGUUGACACCGUCCAUCAAGUCAACUGCAACUAAUUCCACUUUCAAAUCUGUAAGCUCCGCACAAGGCACUCCUUCAGGCAUAAGCUUCCCCAAUGAUCACUUUGAUGAAAAUCCCUUUGGUUUCUUUCCCUUGAGUUGUGAAGUUGAGCCUAAUUGUGGGACAAGAGUAUUACCCGUGGAAAUCAAAAUGAAUUCCGUUCACGAACAAAGAUUUCUUCAAUACAUCCCACCAGAGAUACCACCCCCCCUCCCAGAUUGGGGGAAAUUUUGAA